AUGCGAAAUUCGAAAGAAUGGCGCGGAACAACUUCGACAAGUCGAGUUUUUGUGCAACGUGGAUAUCAAUUAUCUGAUGAGUUGGCGCUGCGACAAAUUCAGGUACGGUAUUUUUCCUCUUAUUUUUGGGUCCCUUAAAUUAUUUACACCAAAAACCACAACUUUUUCCCCAGGUCCUCAAAAACUAUUAUUAAAAUUUCAAGUGCUUUUUUUUCUCGCCCCUUUAUUAUACUUUUCUGUUUUGUCAAAACAAAACAACCAAAAAAAAAAAGAAAACUUUUUUCCUUUUCCAAAUAUUUUUCAAGUACCUUCUUUGCCUAGCAAAAUCUUUUUCAGGUUCUCGAACGACGUUACGGUGGCUGUGAUCGCGCACAUCGAGCCGCCACAAUAAUUCAACGAGCUUUUCGCGAUUAUUGUCUGCGAAAACAAUUUCAGACGAUUAUGAACAAGAAUUUGGGGACGCUGAAAUACCGUGAAGAUCAGAAAUGUAGCACUUCUUCAGCGCCGACAAAUUCACAGAGAAAUGAAUUAUCUUUAACGAGGUUGGUCUGGGGAAAAUUGGAGUACUGUAGAGAUUUGCUCUAAGGGUUACAGUAAAUUAUUUCUGAAAUCUACAUAGUUUGAGAUCUCUAUAUCUCACAACUUUUCUGGAAGAUCAAAAAUAUUUUCUCGGAAUCUCUCAUUUUUGCUUUGAAUUGAUUUCUGGGUCUCUAGGUGUGGCUACUUGACGUAGAAUAUCUCAAGGCGCGGGUCGUAGACGUACCGGUUUUCUCGAGUCAGGCCUGCAUUUUUCGAAAAUCAAAUCUAUUUUUAGCCCCAAGUCUCAUCCUAUUAACUGUACAUUUUAAGAAUCAAACAUCAACCACCAAAAAGUUUGUUUUUUCUUUUUUUUUCGAAAAAAAAUCAGUGUUUGUUUUCUAAGGUAUAAAAGUAUCUUGUUUCGAAAUUUCGUUUUGGUAUUUUAUUUUCGAAAAAAAACCAUUUCAAAUUUUUAUUAGAAAAUCAAUUUUUGUUUCGAGAAAAAUCUCUAUUUAUAAAUGUAUAUGUAUAAUAUCAAUAUUUGCCUGUUUUGUUUUUUCAACAGAACAGGCAAAAAUUCGGCGCCUGUCAAAAACCCUCCUCGCUUUUGUCUUUGCUUCCUUCCUUCGCCGAACACAAAUCUGACUCAUUUUCGCCCUCUUUUUCCUUCUUAAAUGCAUCUUUCUUCGCUGAACUUCUAGAUAUUUUUCUAAAAAUUCAACAAAAAAAAAAAAUUUUUUUGCCGAGUGGGGACCGAACCCAUGUCCUCUAAAACAGUAAGCUAGCGCGCUAACCACUCGGCCACCCGGCUGUUUUUUUCAGCCAUAAAAAAUUUCCUUUUCAAAAUACGUUCGCUCUUUCCUUGUGAGAAAAAUCCUGAUCCUCUUUUUUUUUCAUAAAAAUUUUUUAUACCCAGAUUUUAUGACGAAAUUCUCGCGCAGUCACCAAUUCGAUAA